CCAUGCGCGGCGAAACACCCCGCCCUCGUUGCAUCACCCGCGGGGCAGCCCGGCUGAGCCGAGCCGAGCCGAGCCGGGCCGGGCCCGGCCGCCAACCGGGGCCGUGCGGGGCGGGGCGGGCGCCGCUCCGGCCUUUAAAGCGCGGCGGCGGCGUGUGCCGCCUCAGCAGCGCCCGGCACCGCCAUGAAGCGGGAUCCGCAGCGCCCUCAGGAGUGCCCCGGCCGGCCCCAGGGGCAGCCCGAGCCCCCUCCUUCGUCCCCCGCUUCCUCCUCCUCGGAGCCGCCGCCGCUGUGGAUCUUCGGGUACGGCUCGCUGGUGUGGAGGCCGGGCUUCGAGUUCACGUCGCGCAAGGUGGGCUUCAUCCGCGGCUACAGCCGGCGCUUCUGGCAGGGGGACACCUUCCACCGCGGCAGCGAGAAGGCGCCCGGCCGGGUGGUGACGCUGAUGGAGGAUGGCGGGGCGUGCACGUGGGGCGUCGCCUAUGAGGUCUGUGGGGAGCAGAUCGCUGCAUCGCUCCAGUAUCUGAACAUGCGAGAGGCUGUCCUGGGGGGCUACGACACCAAGCUGGUGAAGUUUCACCCGCAGGACACGGAUGCAGAGGAACCCAUCCAGGCUCUUGUUUACAUUGCGACCCCCCAGAACCCAUCCUACCUCGGCCCAGCGUCUGAAGAAGACAUUGCAGCGCAAAUCAUGGCCUCAAGUGGUUGUGCUGGCCACAACAUAGAGUACUUGCUGAGACUGGCAGACUUCAUGCGCUACUUCUGUCCUCAAGCAGAAGAUAAACAUCUCUUCUCCAUCGAAGAGGCUCUUAUUUCUAUCCUCCCCUGCAUGUGCCACACAGAGGAGUCCCUAGAAGAAACUUCAAGUGUCCCCCAGAAGACCAAGAGCUGAAAUGAAAACAUCUUGCAGGGUUUCAGUGGAAGGGACAUAAGGAAGAAAACAAUAGGGACAGUCUUAACUCUGAAAACUAUACCAGACUGAGUGAAUGAAGGGAAAACUAGCAAGUAGGUGGGGAGGGAGGAAGUGGAGGGGCUGUAAAACGUGUUUGCUGUAGGACUUGCAAUUAGGACCUGUUACACUCCUUACUUGUAGCACCAAGACAGUCAUUGCUGCUUUCCAGGUGGGAAGCAGGUGGUCUUGGCUGGAACUUUGCUCUAAGACUUGCUUUUGGGGGUCAAACCUGAAGCAUUCAUCUUUUUAAGAGGGGGAAGAGGCUCAUUGACUUUGCACUUUUUUUUUUUUUUUAACUCUGAAGACUAGUUGAGCAGGACUUGACUGGGUUUUAGCAGUAUAUAUGCAAUUCUACCUCAGGCAAAAAGCUGUUUGUAUCGUGGUGACUUGGGCAGGUUCUGCCAAAUUCCCCCCCCAUCCCACCUCCAGUGCAAUAUUAAGUGAACCUUGCCUUAAGUGGCCUCUGUAGGCUCUUGUGAAUCCUCCUUCCUUAUGUUGUAAAGGAUCACACUAAUGCACUUAUUUUUCUAAACUGUUGUGUUGUAUUUAUGUUGCAUAUCCCCUUAGAUGUCUGAACUGCCUGCUUAUGUGUCACUUUGUACGUAGCCCACAUUCAACCUUGCAAUUGUGCCUUUCAGUUUUCUGCUUUAAUUACAGAAGCUUUUCUCCAAGCUUCACUGACCUUCUGCUGCUACAACCUUAACUGACUCCAUAAGAAAUGGUCCUGUCUGUGUAGGAAUUCUGUACUGUCUGGGGGAAAGCUGUCUGGAUACAGCAGUACUUUAACUAGCCCUGUAUUAGAUAAGCCUCUUCUGCUCCAGGGUAACAUGGGUAUCUGGAGAAGCAUUUGAGGGUUCUAGUUCCACACCUAGAACUGAGUCUGUCUGGUGCAUUUUUACUUGACUACAAAAGACCAUCACUGAGCAUACUUGCAACCUUGGGAGUUCCUGAAAUGCCUGCUCUAUCACGUGAAGCAGAGGUACUGCUGCAAGCUCAGACUUCUCAGCUUUAAGCAUACUAACAGCUUUAAAAUUCAUAGUAUUUCGAAAGAAAACUGCUGCUACUACAACUAGCAAGAGAGCUGUUGAGAGCUGACCUCUGGGAUGUUUGACUCCUCCCAAAUACUAUGUUUUUUUUAAAUAAAAACAGGGAAUGCUUAUAUUACUGUGGCUUUUAUGUAUGAACUGAUGCUGUGCCCAGUAAUAAACUGACAAAGUAAAUGA